AUGGACUCGGCAAAACAUAAAUACGUCCGGCUGAAGAAACUCGAGCCAGACGUUCGACAUUUGCAGGCCAGCCCACAUAUCAACAAAGAGAAAAGGCGGUCCAGCGCUGCACGUAUAGUGUCCCAUUGUGGAUUGGGUAUCGACGAAUCAGCCAUGCCACUGUCGGGCGCACCGGGUGUCAUCGGCAGGCAAUAUCCAAUCCCUCUUUUGAUUGGCCUGCAUCGCAUGCUAAAUAUGCAGAAACUGGGUGGACGAAUCUGUGGGCGUUGGGCAUCCAGGGCGUCAACGAAGCUUGGUAUCGGCAACGAGCAUCUGUUGCCGCAGGGGAGAGGUGGAUUUGAUACGGACGACGCCUCGGUAGGUCCUGGGCCGAGAGAUCGAGUGUGCUCUAUAUAA